CCGGGACCAUUGUAUCCUAUCCUGUAUCCAACAUGGCGGCUGUAUGUUGUGGUAGAUUGCGGAGCGUGACAUUACUUCCAAGACGAAUUCCUCAGCUAACACGGCCAAUCUCCUCGUACUUUAAGAAGGACUACUACCCGCCGAGGCCUGCUUACGUAGCUCGACAGAAUGAUGUCUUAUACGACCAUAGCAUCACGGAUCCGGAUAAGUUUUGGGGUGAGCUUGGGGCUUCCCGUUUGCACUGGAUUCGCCCCUUUAAUAGCGUUAUGGAUUGCGAUAUGAACGAGGGGCAACAUCGCUGGUUUGUUGGAGGGGAGAUCAACGUUUCAGAGAAUUGUGUUGAUCACCACAUGAGGUCUCACCCUAAUCGCACUGCACUGAUCUGGGAAAAGGAUGAGCCAGGGGAUGUGGAGCAUGUCUCCUAUAUCCAGCUGUAUGGCAUGGUUAACCGAAUGGCUAACAUGUUGAAGUGCCAUGGAGUGAAAAAGGGUGACAUUGUGUGUCUGUACAUGCCAGUAUCGCCGCUUGCUGUUGCCGCCAUGCUUGCAUGUGCACGGAUUGGUGCACCUCACAGUGUUGUGUUUGCAGGAUUUAGUGCUGAUGCCUUAGCCAGCAGGAUUAAUGACGCACAAGCGGAGACAGUAAUUACAGCAAACCAGGCUGUCCGUGGUGGGCGGGCGAUAGACCUCAAGCGUGUGGUUGAUGAUGCUGUGUCCAAAAGCCCAGGAGUCAAGCGUGUGUUUGUAAUGAAGCGAACAGGUGCUCAAGUGCCAAUGGGCAAGCUGGACAUUCCUCUGGAAGAAGCCAUGGCUGAGCAGCCAGAUGAGUGCCCGCCAGAGCCAAUGGAUAGCGAGGACCCUCUCUUUCUACUCUACACAUCAGGCAGCACAGGCCAACCCAAAGGGAUCGUACACACGCAGGCAGGGUACCUACUUUAUGCAAAACUCACCCAUAAGUACUGCUUCGACUACAAGCAAGGCGAUGUGUUCGGCUGCGUUGCUGACAUCGGUUGGAUCACAGGGCACUCAUACGUUGUGUAUGGACCACUGGCUAAUGGGGCCACCACAGUCCUGUUCGAGAGCACCCCUACAUAUCCGGACCCGGGACGUUAUUGGGAAAUGGUCGAGCGGCUACGCAUCAAUCAGUUCUAUGGAGCUCCCACCGCGAUACGGUUACUACUGAAGUCUGGAAACUCAUGGGUUGAAAAGUAUGAUCGAUCAUCUCUGAAGGUGUUAGGCACUGUUGGCGAGCCUAUAAACGAGGAAGCCUGGCACUGGUACAAUGACGUCGUUGGCGAAAAGCGCUGUACUGUUGUGGACACGUGGUGGCAAACAGAGACUGGCGGCAUCCUGAUCUCACCUCGACCUGCCCCGGACAACAGUCCAGUUAAACCGGAAUUCCCCAUGAGGCCUUUUUUUGGUGUGGACCCGGUUUUGGUGGACGAAAAGGGUAAAGAACUUACCGGAAAUAACGUGACAGGAGCCCUGUGUUUCCGGUCUUCUGUACCCGGCAUGUGUCGAACUAUCUACGGCCACCACGAGCGCUUCCUCAACACUUACUACCGUCCCUACCCCGGUUACUACUUUACCGGUGACGGGGCUCUUCGAGAUAAAGAUGGUCACUACAGAAUCACGGGAAGGAUGGAUGACGUCAUCAAUGUUAGCGGCAAGAGACUGGGCACGGCGGAAGUGGAGGAUGCCAUGGAUAAUCACAGUGCAGUGGCAGAGACGGCGGUUGUCGGCUUCCCGCAUCCCAUCAAGGGAGAAGGUAUCUAUGCUUAUGCCACUUUGAAGGACGACGCACAGAUCGAGCCUGAGCAGUUCAGAGAAGAAGUAAAAAAACUCGUUCGACAAAAAAUCGGCGCCUUUGCUGUCCCCGAAAUCAUACAGGUCGUACCAGGACUUCCCAAGACGAGGUCUGGUAAAAUCAUGCGUCGCAUUUUGCGUAAGGUGGCUCAGGACAAGCCAGACGAGUUAGGGGACGUGUCGACACUAGCCGACCCCUCGGUGGUGGAGGUCAUAGUGCGACAACAUACAGAGGUGAUGGAUAGAAUCAAAAGCAAGGUCAAGUAGAGUGAGCAGAGAAAGAAUAGAGAAUUUUGUAUGUUUUUCAUCCGACUGAAUUAUUCUUGUGUGAUGCUCUCGGCGCCUCUCUAGUCGGUCAAGUAGAGUUAGCAGAGAAAAAAAAGAAUAGAGAAUUUUGUAUAUUUUUCAUCCAACUGGAUUAUUCUUGUGUGAGGCUCUCGGCGCCUCUCUAGUCGGUCAAGUAGAGUUAGCAGAGAAAAAAAAAAUAGAGAAUUUUGUAUAUUUUUCAUCCGACUGGAUUAUUCUUGUGUGAGGCUCUCGGCGCCUCUCUAGUCGGUCAAGUAGAGUUAGCAGAAAAACUAUGAGGGUGGCCCACCUUAAAGAGCGCUAGUCAGCCUCACCUUUGUUAUUGUUUUUAUCCAAUAUAGGAAGACAAAUUAUGUGGAUAAUCUCCUAAAAAACAUCUGAAAGAAAGGGUUAUCCAAUAUUCAAAACAAAGAGUAAUGAUGGUAUUUUUUUCUACGAUAACUUUCAAUCAAAUAUUGUUAUUCAAGUAUAACAUUCUUCACUUUUACACUUUAACAAUAACAAAGGAUUGGCUAAUGAAUAUUCUUUAGCGGUCAGGGUUAACAUGACAUAGAGUACUUGACAAUCACGGCGGUCACUAAGAUGUCAAUACGGUACCCGAUAAACCCAUCGUCGUACGCUGAUCAGUAGAAUAGGAGACGUGCACUAAGAAAUCACGUGACCUUUUGGAAGGCGCUCAGACGAGGCGCUCAAAACAACAGCAACAAAACAAAUCUUAUUCAGGACAUACGAAUCGCCCAGUUUAUGUCAGAAAGGGCUUAUUUUUAUGAAAGAAAAUUAUUACCUCUCUUUCUGGCGUGACCAAAAAGCCAUUUCAGUGUUUAUUUUGGAGGGAGUUUGUCACUCAAAUAGUCACGUGAUUUCGGCGAUGAGUCACGUGCAAGUAGCCUUUUGUUGUCACUAUGUGAAGCCCCUUGCAAACAGUGCCAACAUAGUCUAAAGAAUUCGGCCAGUAUACACCAUAACAAAAAAAACCUCAAAUAACCGUGCGUGAUGCGCGUGUUACGCGCGCUACCGUGGCCGUGUAGACAAAGCUUUAAAAUAAGUAUGGAAUUGUCUAAUUAGUAUUCGCACUCUUUUUGGCUUACUUCACAAAACUUUCAAAGUUAACACGGCAGCGCACGUCGCAAUGUAAACAUACGCUUUACAAUAGCCCAGGUUAUAAGAGAACUGGGACCCAGUGUUGAUGGAGAGAAGGGAAGAAAAAAAAUUUCGUUCGCAGUCUUUGGUAAAAAAAAGAUCCACAAAUCUACUCUUCCCCCUCCAAUAAUAAGAAGGAUGUUGAUUUGUACGACCAUUUUUUUCAAAAGAAAAACGUCAAAUUAAAAAUGGCGAUAUGGUAGUUCUACAAAGAAGAAGUGCUUAUGGGUGUCACAAAACUGCCGUUAGCUGUAAUCGGUUUUUCGGUAAUCGGUGUAUAAUUGGGUUAGUAUAUUUUUUAAUAUUGGUAAAGCGAAAGAAUGAACAGAAACAAAGGUAAAUGAUUUUAUCAAUCAAUCACUAAUAAAAACUAGUUAGCUUAUGAUUUGGAAUGGAAAAUAGCAGCAAGUCUACGUUUUUCUUUACGAAAAAUGAAAAAAAAACUCUGGUGUGAAACCUUAGGGAUUUAAAAAUGAAUGUAUUUUCAAUUUUUCACACAAUGUAAUUUCUUGUCCAACGACGUCUUGUAAUCAUCGAUUAAAAUUGGGUUUGAAAACAAAAA